GUAAGAAAGUUUACAUUUCAUUACUAGAGAAUCAAGUAAAGGCAAGUGCCCUUAAUCAGCUGUCGAGCCCAGGUAAUAAGGUGGAAAUAGCAAAGCACCAUUCCCCAGCUUGUCACCCGGUGGUGCCACCUGGCGGCGGGGGACGGGGGGUGCGCGGGGCGGGUGCGCGGCGCACACAUUCCAGCCUCCGCAGACCGCUGCCCCGCCAGUACUUGGGGAGCAGCCGGAGGGAGAGGAGGUGUGUGUUAUGUGUGUGGCUCGGUGUGAGUGUUGACCUUAGUCGCCAAGAUGGCCAGCUCGAACAAAGAUGAAUCGCUCCCCAUGGAGCAGCGGGGCACCCAGAUCGUGCAUGUGCGUGCUGACAGUGACAGCGAGCUGGAGGCUCUGUUCGAAGUGGUGCUGAAGCCCUCGAGCCAGGUGCCCCUGCAGAAGCCCUUCAAGAUGCGCAACUUGCCCCCGUCCUUCUUCACCCCGCCUGCCCACCGACAGUCCCCCGCCCCCGUCAACCACUCGCGGGAGGGCUCCGCGGACUCCACCUUCGGCGGGGGCGGCCUGCGGGUGUCGGGCGCCAUGUCCCCCAACACCGCCCCGCAGCACUUCCGCCACCACUCCUCGCCUGCCUCCCUGCAGCAGACCCUGGCACAGCAGCAGCAGCAGCACGUCGCCCACCAGAAACAACAAAGUUACGAUCUUACUGACGACAUGGGUAGUCUUCCCCUGGGCUGGGAGCAGGCACGGACUCCCCAGGGACAAAUAUACUACCUCAAUAGUUUUCAAGGAGCUCCCCAGCGCUCACCUCACAGUGGAACCCAUAUGCCAUACCACCACCACCACCACCACCACAUCAACAACAACAACACCAUCAAUAACAACAACAACAUCCUCAUCAUGAACAACAACCACAAUAGAAAUAACAACAACAACAACAACAGCCUUCAGCACCACCACCACCACCUCCAUCACCACCACCACAACAACAACAACCAGCACCACCACCACCACCACCUCCUCCACCACCACCACCACUCCCACGUCCUAAACAACCACAACACACAGUCGACCACGUGGGAGGACCCCCGCAAGUUGCUCCUGAAGCAGCGGCAGCAGAGGCAACACGGCGCCGUCUCCCCCGCGGCACCCCAGGGACCCCAGAACACAGCCCCGCCCGUCCACUCCCCAGGCCCCCCACCCGGAGCCCCCCCAGGAGCCCCACCACCCGCCCCCUUAGGACCCCCGCCCCCCGCGCCGCCCUCCAGCCAGAACAACUCCCAGGCGCCUCCCGUCGGAGUGGUGAACGGCAACCUGGGGCCGCUGCCGGACAGCUGGGAACAGGCGGUCACUCCUGAGGGGGAGAUCUACUUCAUCAACCACGAGGACAAAUCCACCUCCUGGUUCGACCCCCGGCUACGUGUGGGAGUGGGACAGGUGCGGCCCAGGAAGCAGGUGUCUCCGGGGCUUAACCGAGAUAGGUGUGGAGUGGGAGGAGGGGGCAUAGGUGGUGGUGGUGGAGGAGGAGGUGGUCUUCGCCUCCUCCCAAGACCUCGCUCUUUACCUCACCAUGACGCUUCAACACUCGCUGAUCCACGACGUCUGCAAACAGCGGCUGUACUAAACGGGGGGAAGCCUCCGCAACAGCCCUCCGCCACCUCGCAGGCAGGGCAGCAGCAGCCACCACCGCCCCCUCAGGUUAGCCACCAGUUGCCGCCCGUCGGCCCCACCGUCAGCUCCUCCACAGCCGCCCUGCAGGCCAGACAACAGACACUUCGGCUACAGCGCCUCCAAGUGGAACACGAGAGGUUGAAACUCCGGCAGCAGGAGAUCAUUAAGUCUGAACAGUCUUUGCGUUUAAGCCUGCGGGAGGAAGCAGGACCUUUGUCCCAGUCACAGCAGCAGCAGCAGCAGCAGCAGACAGCACAAACCGUAGCCCAGCAGCCCUCCCAGCAAACUCAACAGCAGCAACAGCAAGGUAGUGAGCUGGUGCUGACUUCUGCUGGACUCACUUUACCCUCGGCCCCGCAGACAGUGGCCACUGCAGUAACAUCUGUUGCCGAUCCUUUCAUCACUACCACAGACUUCCACUCACGGCAGGAGUCGGCAGAUAGUGGACUUGGCCUCGGGACCAACUACUCUCUCCCUCACACUCCGGAGGACUUCCUGGCCUCCAUGGAAGAUGUUGAGAUCACGCCCCCUGAUGCCGAGAUGAAGACGUCACCUGCCAACAACAUCCUUGAAGCACCUGAGCUGGAGUCAAUGGACUCAGAGGACUUGGUGUCAACAAUACAGGGAAUGGGAUUAGGAUGGUGGUGAUGAUGACUUUUAAAUGGCAGUUGUGUGUUCAGGCAUAAAGCUAAAUGACGACCUGUCCACAGAUUUUCUCAAUGACAUGCUGGAGACUUCCAAAAUGGACAGUCUCCAUACGUGGCUGUAAAAAAGCAAGGAGUAUAAGUUAAAGUGUGACAAAGUUAGCACGUGCUUCAUUAGUGGUGAAAAGAUUAAAAUGCCUGGGGACAUCUAGUAUUAUUACUGGUAGUGUUACAGAUAUCUUUUUCUUUGGAUAAUGUAAAAAAAUAAAAUGGAAAAGGUAAAAUUGAGUAAGCUUUUAUGGGAGGAAAUGGAACUGGAAGGACAAAGCUACAAGUACCCAUAUUCAUUGCUGUUAUUACCUCAUUGGUGGGAAAGAAGAGAAGGCUGUAGUCCAGUCUGGAUAUAAGAACCUUCAUGCAGAGCAAAUCUGGCAGCUUUAUCGUCAAUGUGCAACUGUGUAUUAACGAGUAAUGCAGAUAAAAAGAAAUACGAGUCGGGGCUCUCUAUAUAGAAUAUGUUGCUUCCACCUUUGAGGAAAUACUGUGUACUUUGACCAGGCUGUGUAGGUCAGAGAAACUGCCUGUUGAAUGGAAAAUACAAGUAACUGAAGCCAUAAGAGAGUGGAAGUGGGGAAAGUUUACUGAAUACGGUUUGUGCAUGACACUGAUCUCGAAUGGCUUCAGUACUGUGAGAGGCAAGCACAGCCUUACUCUAAAUGUGAUGGAUUAGUGCCUAUGGACUACCAAGUUAUACUCUUUCAAGAGGAGGUUGCUGGCAUUGGAAAUCUCCCAUGAUGUAGGUUAAGUUUCUUGUGAAUAUAUUUUUCCUCUCCUUUUUGUAUUGUGUAUUUGUUUUUUUAUUUUGAACUUACUGUUCUUGGAGGGUCAUCCAAUUGCCCCCAGUCUUUCCAUAUGUAAAGUGGUUCGCUACAAAUCUUACCGUCCAGUUCUGCCUUAAUUGAAGAAGUAUUGCCAGACUGACACAUUUUAUCAUAUUUAUUAAUGAAUGCUUAUUGCAAUGUAAAUAGUAUUUGAUUUUUUGGGUUAUGACAACUCACAAUAUUAAUGACGUACUCAUAGCUAUUUAAAUGAAAAGGCAUUAUGAAAAAUGAAAAAAAGGCAGCUUUUUAAUAAGACAUACCUUCAAAUUUUGGUGAAACUUCAGAUGUUCUUAACAAUGCACUCAGUGCUCCUUUAUUUUUGCAACACAGUGGAGCAAUCUGUUGUUUGCAUUUUGUUUAAUUUUACCUCUUGUGUUUUGUUGGCUAUUAUGCUCCUUUCUUCUGGCUACCCUAGUUCCUGUAGUGUGAUAGAGUGCACCAAACUUUACAAGUGCAGCUGCCUCUUUUGGCAAGAGGUGAUAAGCUGAAACUAUGUACUAUAUUUUACAAGGCUGUAAAUUAGGCUUUCCAAAUGUACAUCAUUCAGUAUUCAAUUGGAUCAAAAAAUUGCAGAUUUAUACAAUAUAAUUUUUAUUUGAUAUGAAAUAUAAAGUUUAAUGAAACUUGAGUAAUAUAGAAAACUACUUACUGUGUUUUAAAUUGAAUAAUUCAAACAUUGCAGAUGCAUAAAAGUAAAUUUUCAUUGUGAAAUUAAUUUUAAAAUGAGUAAGCAAUAUUCUUGCAAGUGUAGCUUAAAUUGAUUUUGUUAUGCUUGCCUAUGUUAUAGUUGUGCUGAGAAUUUUAUUUCAUGAGCUGUAACAACAUUAUUUUAUCCUGUUAUUCAUUGGUACUUGUAAAUUGUCUGAUUGGAACGUAAUUUUAAUGACUGCCUCAAGUACACAAAAAUUUGUAUGUAGUUGACUAUGUUAAAUAAGUGAUUAAGUGCAUGAAAUUUUUUACAAAUCACAUUUUAUUUGCAAUUACACUAAUUUGCUAAUGCAUAUUGUAAGUUGUAACUGUGUUGAAGCUUUAUCAGGAGUUUAGCAAGUAUUGUUGGUGCCUUAGAGGAAAUGAGGUGCCUUGUGGAGUGGCUCAUGUGCGUGGCAGCUCAUUGAUGGGUGAAUGCAGGAACCAAGGUGAUAGUCUAUCAUGUUUCUGGCUCUAGCUGAUGACACAAAUAAUGUACUUAAGUAAAAUGGCCUUAAUAUCCACUAGGCCUGACAGUUGUAGUAGCUUCCCUGACAUGUUACUGAACCCUUUGAUGUAUCUGACGUGGGUGGUUUUUGUAUCUUUUGUUCCUGCAGGCUUGGCCAAUCUGCAGGAUAGCCAGCUGUAGCUCUUUGGAAAGCUUAUGAUUAGUGAAAAUAAUGGGCUGAGGGUAAUGUACUAAAGCAUAAGCUGCCUGUUGUAUCUCAUAAGGCACUGUUUAAACUGUCAGUAUUUAAGAUCCCACAUCCAUCCACAGUCUGCUCAAGUGAUUUACGGACGUCCCAAGUGCCUUUGUCUGCAGCUGUUCAGUGGCCAUUCACUCUCCCCUGGGUCAACAAAUGGCCGGAGGUCAUGACCCAGGUUGCUAUGAGGUCACUUUGGCAGCUCCCAAGCCACAGGUAAACUUGUGGCUCUAGGUUAAGGUAAUUGUUUAACUGUUAAGGAUGAACAAGCACCAAGUGUUGACCACACACUUGGUGCUUGUUUUGAUAUAAUUAUCAUUAUUAUUAUUUUAUUAUUAUCAUCAUUAUCAUUACAUUUAUUGCUCCAGUAGACAUGAAUUUAUUUUAUCAGGAAAUGUAAAUGUCAAUUGUUUUCAUAGUAUGGUGUCUGUUGUGAUAUACAUCCAGCAUGCAGUGUUGUUUUUAGUUUCUUAUAGUGGCCAUAUUUGUUAGUUUUAAAAAUGACUAGUUAGAAACUCAGCAUCAAGACUUUUUUUUCUUUUUUGUUUGUUUGUUUGUUGUCAGUCUUUUUAAUGUGGUGAAGGGUUCCUAGUAUAGCAUAAAAGAAAAAAAAUAUCACAUCAACCAUAUUAUAUUCAUAUCAAACUUUCGUAGAAGAAUAAUCCAGUGGUAAAGUUUUUUACUAAUAGAUUUAAGAUAAUGGCCUGAGUGUUGACCACUUUGUUCUUUAUAUAUUUUUUUAGUCAACCAAAGGUAUAUCCUUCCCAAUCUUUCUUGCACAAGUUUAUGAAGUUCAGUUGCACUGUUUAACUCUCAAAGGCAAUGUACAUGCAGAGCUUGAACACUCUGCCCAGUCUCUCAACACAGUGGUCUCCGUACAUUGUUUACUCUGGAGGACAUGUCUUUCCGUGAUCCUUGAGCUACUGAUUUCAUAAACUAAUAGCUGGCAAUUUUGCCUUGCUUUGAAAGGUCCUUUCACAGUCCAUGAGAUAAUGUUAAAAUGUACAGCAAACAUAGGACUGUAAUGGAGAGUAACUCAUUUGGGAUGGUGGCAAGCUAAGAUGGGAGAAAUCAAAGGAUUCUGUGAACACAUCCAGCUGUUCACCUUGUUCUGCUCCAGCACACCGCCAUAUACAUACACACCUUAGCUGGCAUAUGUUCACUUGAUCUUCACCCAAGACUGAAUUCUUGCCCCAACCCUCAACUAUGGUAUUAGCUUACGGCUCACAAACUUUGGCAAAAUUUAGUAAUGUGACAAAAAAGGGGAAGUAUUAAGUGUCACAGACAGAGCCCUGAAGAUGAGUGGCCCAUUGUACAAGGAAUGGAUUAUUCACAAUGUAUCCACCAUUUAAAGUUACUCCCCUUUCUUGCCAUAUUGAUAAAUGCCACUCUGUGCUUUAUGCAUUGGGGGAAUGGGUUGACUCAAUCCCCUAUGAAAUUUAAUGUAUGCUGAAGCAAUGUAAAUAAAUCCUAUCUCCAAAUGAAUAUA